AUGAUUUUUUUAAUAGCUUUCAUUGUCAGCUUGACAAUCUCAAGCUUAGCUUAUGCGUCUACAAGCCUUUCUAAUUCAUCAUAUUUCAAUAUAGAUGACACUGAGCAGCUGCGGAACCUUCCUAUUCCUGCUGCACCUGUUAUUUUUGGAUUUUCUCAAGAAAGAGGCUUAAAAGUGUUUCCUCCUUAUAAAUACCCUCCUUGUAGUUAUACUUAUUUCAAUGCCCUCAACAAGAUUCAUAUGGAUUAUAAAAACAAUACAGUCAGCUUGACCUGCGCCUAUGAGAAAGAUCCAUAUAUUGUUUUCGGGCCAGAUUUAUUCACAAAAUUGUCAUUGCCGAUGGAAGCGAAAAAGUCUUUAAUUAGGGUGAAAUGGAAAGGGGAGCCAAUAAAAAUCCUACCCUAUCACGAAUUUGCGAUAGGUUCAUGUGUGGAUAGUGACUAUACAACUGUGAAUUUAUUUCAUUUAGCUCCAAGGUAUAAACCAAAAACAUAUGAAAAUACAUUGAAGAUAGCUCAACAAUUGAGAGCCAAGCCGAAAAAACCGAUGUUGAUGGUAUUUUUAACAGUUGAUAGCUUUUCAAGAAGACACUUUUUUAGAAAAUUAGAAUCUACGUUAGGAUUUUUAAAUAAACUCAAAGAAAGCGGAACAUAUGAUGUUUUUGAUUAUAAAUUUCAUAAUAUUAUUGGUGCUGAUACUGCUGAAAACCAAUUAAGAGUUUUUGCUGAAAAAUGGGUAAGAGAAUUCGUUGGAGACCAAGACGUAGACUUUGCUGGAAAAGACGCGAUUUGGUUUAAAUUGAAAAAUCUAGGAUUCAUGACUUUAUAUGGAACAGAUGCCUGCUCUCACAAUACAGUAAAAUCAAUAGGAAGACGCCCAGUUGUAGACCAUUCAGUUAAUUUAUUUUAUUGUGCCAAUUAUAUAUAUGGUGACUAUAGAGCUUCCAAAUUUAAAGUGUCUAAGCAGCGUUGUUUAGGGCCUGAAAUGGCUCAUCAUUAUUUAAUGGAAUAUUCUAUAAAUUUCAGCAAACAGUAUAUAAAAGCAAAUCAAUGGGUCUACAAUCACAUGACGGCAGCACAUGAAAGUAGUGGACAGCAUGCUCAAGCCUUAGAUGAUGACCUUAAAGAAUAUUUAGAAAAAUAUAUUAAUCAAUUCGAAAAAACACAUGAAAUCGUCAUUUUUCUUAAUGGGGAUCACGGAAUGAGAUAUGGAGACUUUUUGUCUGACCAAGAAAGCAUCCAAGAGCAUAGGCUGCCUGCGCUUUUUAUUAUUGGGAAGAAAGAAUUUUUUAAAAAAAUUGAUCCUGACUAUAGCGUUUUGCAGCACAAUUCAUUAAGACUGACAACAAAGCCAGAUCUCAGAAAAACAAUGCUUUAUCUAGCUCAUUGGCAAAGUGAUGUAAAAUUUGAGUAUGAAAAAAAUAAUUUUUAUAAUCUGCUAUUGGAAAAAGUUCCAGACUCCAGAACUUGCCAAGAUGCAGAAAUUCCGCUAUGAUUCUGCUCAAGCUAUAGAGCUUUCCUUUGGAUUAUCCAGAACAAUAAAGCUUAGAAAUUCUUAUAGAAAAAUCCAAGCUUUAUCCCAUACUUACCAAAUCCUAUUGAUCGGCGAAUUUUUGACCCAGCUGACAGUAACUACUGAAAUAGAAACAACACAGAAAAAAAUCUUGGUCACACCCUCAAUUUUAUAGGAAAAAUUCUUUUUGAAGAAAUGAAUGACUCAAUGUUCAUGAAAAGUCAGCCAGACACACUCUGCACUAUAAUAAAACUAAAAAAAAUCGAAAAUGCAAGCAUGAUAAAAGUAGAUGAAAAUAAUAUUUUAUUUAGAAUUAUGGUAAGCGUCGAAGAAAGCACAAGGGCUCUGCUAGAUUCUUGGAUCAUUAUAACUUCAACACCUCUUAAUGACGAUAUCAUGAAAAAUGAAAAUUUUUUGUCACAGCCGAUUGUAUUUGAAAGUAAAAAGAUGUUCGUUAGAGUAAUCAUUACUUAGAUAUUAAAUAUAGCAAGAGCUGAUAAAUACGGUGGCCCUUGCGAAAUGAAGGCUAGAAAAUCAGGGCUGAAUCCUCAGUUUUGUGUUUGCAAUGAUGAAAAAAUCAGAUAA